AGUUUCGAUGAUGUGCAUGUGAACUUCACUGCAGAAGAGUGGAAUUUGUUGGAUCCUUCCCAGAAGAAUCUCUACAAAGAUGUGAUGCUUGAGACCUACUGGAACCUCACUGCUAUAGGCUAUAAUUUGGAAGACCAUCAUACUGAAGAACAACAACCUCAAACUUCUAGAAGUCAUGAAAGGCAUGAAAAAAGUUACACGGGAGAGAAACUUUAUGAAUGCAAUCAAUGUGCUAAAGCCUUUUCAAGUCACAGUAAUCUCCAAAGACAUAAAAAAACACAUACAGGAGAGAAACCUUUUGAAUGCAAUCAAUGUGCUAAAGCCUUUUCAUGUCAUAGUAGUCUCCAAAUACAUAAAAGAUCACAUACAGGAGAAAAACCUUAUGAAUGUAAUCAAUGUGGUAAAGCCUUUUCAAGUCACAGUGGUCUCCAAUAUCAUAAAAGAACACAUACUAGAGAGAGACCUUAUGAAUGUAAUCAAUGUGGUAAAGACUUUUCAUGUCACAGUAAUCUCCAAAGACAUAAAAGAACACAUACUGGAGAGAAACCAUAUGAAUGUAAUCAAUGUGGUAAAGCCUUUGCAAGACCCCAUCAUCUACAAUAUCAUAAAAGAACACAUACUGGAGAGAGACCUUAUGAAUGUAAUCAAUGUGGUAAAGUCUUUUCAUGUCACAGUAAUCUCCAAAAACACAAAAGAACACAUACUGGAGAGAAACCAUAUGAAUGUAAUCAAUGUGGUAAAGCCUUUGCAAGACCCCAUCAUCUACAAUAUCAUAAAAGAACACAUACUGGAGAGAAACCUUAUGAAUGUAAUCAAUGUGGUAAAGGCUUUACAGAACAAAGUCAUCUCCAAAUACAUAAAUCAACACAUACUGGAGAGAAACCAUAUGAAUGUAAUCAAUGUGGUAAAGCCUUUGCAAGACCCCAUCAUCUCCAAAGACAUAAAAGAACACAUACUGGAGAGAAAUUGAAGAAAAUGUGCAGAGUGAAACCUUAUGAAUGUAGUCAACGUGGUAAAGCCUUUGCAUGUCACUGUACUGUCGGACAGAAACCACAUGAAUGUAAUCAAUGUGGUAAAGACAUUUCAUGUCACAGUCAUCUCCAAUCUCAUAAAAGAACACAUACUGGAGAGAAAUCUCAUGAAUGUAAUCAAUGUGGUAAAACCUUUUCAUGCCACAGUGGUCUCAAAUAUAAAACAACACAUACUGGAGAGAAACCUUAUGAAUGUAAUCAAUGUGGUAAAGCCUUUUCAUGGCACAAUCAUCUCCAAUCUCAUAAAAGAACACAUACUGGAGAGAAACCUUAUGAAUGUAAUCAAUGUAGUAAAGCAUUUGCAAGGCCCAAUCUUCUCCAAUCUCAUAAAAGAAUACAUACUGGAGAGAAACCUUAUGAAUGUAAUCAAUGUGGUAAAGCCUUUUCAUGUCACAGUAGUCUCCAAAAACAUAAAAGAACACAUACUGGAGAGAAACCAUAUGAAUGUACUCAAUGUGGUAAAGGCUUUUUAUAUCACAGUCAUCUCCAAAGACAUAAAAGAACACAUAUUGGAGAAAAGCCCUAUGAAUGUAACCAAUGUGGUAAAGCCUUUUCAUGUCACAGUGGUCUCCGAUCUCAUAAAAGAACACAUACUGGAGAGAAAGCUUAUGAAUGUAAUCAAUGUGGUAAAGCCUUUUCAUGUCACGGUAAUCUCCGAAGACAUAAAAGAACACAUACUCAAGAGAAACCUUAUGAAUGUAAUCACUGUGGUAAAGCCUUUUCAUGUCACAGUCAUCUCCAAAGACAUAAAAGAACACAUACUGGAGAGAAACCUUAUGAAUGUGAUCAAUGUGGUAAAGCAUUUUCAUAUCACAGUAGUCUCCAAUGUCAUAAAAGGAUACAUACUGGAGAGAAACCUUAUGAAUGUAAUCAAUGUGGUAAAACCUUUUCAUAUUACAGUGGUCUCCAAUAUCAUAAAACAACACAUAUUGGAGAGAAACCUUAUGAAUAUAAUCAAUGUCUUAAAGCCUUUUCAUGUCACAGUCAUCUCCAAAAACACAAAAGAAAACAUGCAGGAGAGAAACCUUAUGAAUGUAGUCAAUGUGAUAAAGCCUUUGUAUGUCACUGUAGUCUCCAAACACUUAAAGGAACACUGGCUUUAGAGAAACCUUACAGAUGUCCCAGAGACCUUGCUGUCACUGUUGUGGUGAUCCGGGAGGAGCACAGGGGUGCGGAUGGCAUCAGCGGGCUUCUUCUGACAUCACAAACUGUGCGACACGAUCCAAUUGCCACUGCCAAAGAAUGGGGAGAUGACCGGAGCUUCCAGCCGCUGCUGGUCGUGGUCGUGGUGGUGGAGUUGGGAACCACUACAACAGUAGAGUCAUCCUCUCACAUUGGAUCAUUUCUCUUGGGCAAAGAAUAA